AUGCAAAAGCCAAGGGAAUCUUCUGCAAGACAGGGUGUUUCUAAAAAAGGCAAACAAAAGGUAGUGGAGAGGGAAUCUUCUGCUGUGCAAAAAGACAAAGAAAGAGCUGUUAAGAGGGAAUCUUCUGCCACUGUAGAGAAAGGGAAAAGUAAAGUCAGUUCUGUUCUUGGGAAAAAGAGGUGCAAAAAUGCAAAAACGACACGUGAUAAAGACCAAAGGUCCAAUACAGUGACUGAGGGACUAGUUUAG